CUCUGGCCUGAUCGAUCACGGCGAAGCGCGCGACGAGGAUUAUGCCGGCGAGGAGCUGCGGAGGUACUUCGUGCAAGAAUGGAGCUCUCUCAAGGAGCUCCUGGACAGCAUUGUGGCGGCGCAGGGAUCCGCGGAGCUUGGCAUGUACAAGAAAGCGCAAAGCAUUAUCGACAAGUAUCAAGAACAAGGGCAUCUACUGGAACCACAUUUGGAAGUGAUCGUUGUUCCUCUCAUGGAAGUUCUUCGCUCCAAUCUAGCGGCGUGUGAGGACAUCCAGGACGCCGACUUGGAGAUUGUCAAGAACGUUUGCUGUGUCAUUCACAAGCUCAUCACGGUGUGUGGCUACAAGACGGUGGUCAAGUUCUUCCCUCACCAGGCAUCGGAUCUCGAAGUAACAGUCGCCCUCCUGGAGAGAUGUGACAAAGAGAUAAAGGAAUGUGGCAGCUUGAAGGAAGAAAGCGUGGGUGAAUAUGAGACCAAGUGUAGCUUGCUUUUAUGGCUCUCGAUCUUGGUUCUCAUCCCUUUUGACUUAGCUUCCGUUGAUACUGCCUUGGGGUACUCGACAACGAGCACAGCAUCUUCGUCGCCUCUCGUCGAGAGAAUGCUGAACUUGUGCAAGCAGUUCUUGUCAUGCUCUGGUCCUGUUCGCGAAAUGGCUGGAGUCGUUCUGUCCAGGCUUUUGACGCGGCCGGAUAUUCAUUCUCAUCUUCUCGGGUUCAUGGCCUGGUCACAAGACGCACUGAAAACUUCUCAAGACAGCUCUACAGGAGUUUUUCUUAUUCCUGGUACAGUCAAUGCACUGGCUGGAAUUUUCAAGGUGGGAGAUCGUAGCAUUCUACUGGAAAUUGCACCUAUUGCAUGGAAGGAAGCGAGUGCGCUAUCCGACUCGCCCCUUGCAACUCGUAGUCCUUUGCUACGAAAGCUUCUCGUCAAGCUGAUUCAGCGCAUCGGCCUAACAUAUUUGCCUCCAAAGCUAGCGGCGUGGAGAUACAUGCUUGGCACGAAGUCUCUUUCCCAAAAUCUGGAGAAAACAAGCGACGUGCUGCCUGACGAUGCCUCUGCCCCCACCGCUGAACAGGACGAGGAUGGCUGUGACGUUCCAGAAGUUAUUGAAGAGAUAAUGGAGAAGCUUUUAUCAGGACUGAAAGACAAAGAUACAGUCGUGCGGUGGUCGGCUGCGAAAGGCCUGGGGAGAGUAACGAGUCGUUUGAGCUCAGAAAAUGCCGACGAUGUCGUUGCAUCGGUUUUGGAACUGUUCUCACCAACUGAGGGUGACGGUGCAUGGCAUGGAGGAUGCCUAGCACUUGCCGAGCUAGCACGGCGUGGCCUGUUGUUGCCAAGACGGCUUCCAGAGGUUGUACCUCUGAUUAUCCAGGCGUUGCAUUACGACGUUCGAAGGGGUCCACAUAGCGUCGGUGCUCAUGUCAGAGAUGCUGCUGCCUACGUUUGCUGGGCAUUCGCGAGAGCAUACAUGCCGGCCUUGAUGAGUGAGCAUUUGAAGAAGCUGGCACCUGAAAUGAUCGCUGUUGCGUGCUAUGAUCGCGAGGUUAACUGUAGACGGGCGGCUUCUGCUGCUUUCCAAGAAAAUGUAGGACGUCAGGGGAACUUUCUUCACGGGAUCGACAUCGUGAAUGUUUCAGACUACUUUUCUGUUGGUUCUCGUCCGCAUGCCUACCAGCAUGUUGCGGUGUUCGUCGGACAAUAUGAGGAGUACCGAAAGAUAUUAAUUGACGAUCUUUUACUCUCGAAAAUCCGUCACUGGGAUAGGGGCCUAAGAGAAUUGGCAGUUGUAGCACUUUCGCUUUUGGUGAAGUAUGACCCGGAACUCUUUGAGACUAAAAUCCUUGGGUCCCUUGGUUCAUGGAGUCUUUCAGCUGACCUCAAUUUGCGUCAUGGAGCUACAUUAGCUGCUGCUGAAGUUACGCGUGCUCUUCAUGAAUGCGGUUUCAAACUUUCGGCAGAGAAGGAAAAGCUCGUAGCCGGUAUGGUACCAGCCAUUGAGAAAGCUCGACUAUAUCGUGGAAAGGGAGGGGAAAUCAUGCGUGCCGCUGUUUCGAGGCUCAUUGAAUGCACUGCAUCGUCGGGCAUUCCGAUCUCUUCAAAGACAAAGAAAAUUCUUCAGGACACCUUGGACGAAAAUCUAAAACAUCCCAAUGCUCAAAUCCAAGCGGUUGCAGCCGCGGGGUUUAAGAGAUUUGUCACGGCUUACUGUUUUCCCGUAAACUCUUCCGCGAUAGCGAGCACCACAACAAAACAUCUUCAGGGUCUAAAAGACGUGAAUCCUGCCAGACGUCGUGGUUCUGCUCUCGCACUUGGCUCCUUACCCCAAGAGUUCUUGUUUCCACUGUGGAAAGACGUCGUAGAUGGUCUGUGUAGUGCAUGCCUUGAAGAGAACGUGGAAGAACGAGAUCCAGAAGCACGAGUAAAUGCUGUGCGCGGUCUGAGAGAUGUUUGCAAUGUUUUGGCCAACUCCCAGUCCCAGUUUCCGGAUGAUUUUUCGGUGGCAUUCGUCGCAACAUUAGGUGGCCAAGUAUCUGACUGUCUUUUCAAGGCCUUGGACGACUAUGCCAUUGACAAUCGUGGAGACGUCGGCUCUUGGAUAAGGGAGGCUGCCAUGGAAGCUCUGGAAACAUGUACAGUUCUUCUUUGCAAGCUCUCGGACACUCAGUCCCUCGUGGAUGAAAGAUUCGCCGUCCGUGUGUUUGGAGGCUUAAUCAAACAGGCUGCGGAAAAGAUUGACCGUAUACGAGAAGCAGCAGGGAAAACGUUACAACGUAUGCUGCACAAGCAGGAGUUUACAAUACCGUGCCUACCUCACCGAUGCGAACUACAGCAAAUAUUUCCAAGCGACGAAAGUUUACUCUGGGCCGAUCCCAUGGUGGCGUAUCCGCGGCUCGUCAGAUUGAUUUUGUUUCCCGCGUAUCGAUCGUAUUUUGUCGCCGGACUAAUUGUCUCGGUCGGAGGGAUAUCGCAGACGCUAGGCAAAGUCUCACUGCAGGCCCUCCUGGACUUUUUAAACUACAGGAUCGAGAAUGAUAACCGGGAAAUCAGUCUCGACCAGGACCGAACUGGAGUACUCGCCAGAGAACUUUCGCUGGUACUUAAAACAUCUGCGGGAAACGAUAGGCUUGCCUUGCCUGCGAUCAAGACAAUAGACGCAUUAUUCAGCAAAGGAGCGUUCAACGACUUGAAGUCCAUAAGCAACACAUUUGCAACGGAAAUCCUGGAUUCCUUGCAAGCCGAACUUAAAGGCAGCAAAGACGUGAGCAAGAUCCUUUCGUGCAUCAACGUUUUCAUGGGCAUUGCUUCACUCCAAGUCCAGGCCAGCAAGCAAGCACAGUCGCAGCUGCUGACACUUCUGGGACACCGCUAUCCAAAGGUGCGAAAGGUUGCCGCAGAGCAAUUAUAUCUGGUCCUCCUCCAAAAUGGCCAGUUCUUUGGCAGCAGCGACGCAGUGGACAUGGCUCUGGGUUUGCUCCUGGAGACGUGCUGGGACGGUCCAAUCGAAGGACUGAGAGACGAGAAGAAGAAGCUCUUGAGCUUGUUCGGUGUGCUCGGUCCAGCUCCAUCCCUGGACAACAACGCAGGAAGCCAGCACGGCCUCCCUCCACUAAAAUCCAGCGACGAGAACGCUUCCUACGCUUCCUUGGUAGAUGCGGCUGGCUACUAGACCCGGAUAGGAGAUCUUAGAGAAGGCUUAGUCAAAGUAAGUUAUUGACAACGUAUAGUGUGCCUUGGAAAAGAGAAGAGCAAAGGCUCUAUCAAUGAUAUGGUAAUCUUCCGUCUCCCAAAUU